CGUUACUGGCGCUUUGCUAGUCUUAGUCUCAAAACAUGACUUCAAGCAGAUCCGCAAGCAGCUUGUCGACGAGGCUCCCGACAGAAGUCAUCUCGUACACUGUCGUCGACAGCUCGGAACAUAGUGGCAACUACGUUGCCGAUAAUAUCAAGGUCGACCGCCCGCUUGAUCAAACUAGCAGAUGGAGUGGGGCACAACAGGCACCGAGCAUGAAGCAAUGGAUCCUCCUCCGUCUAGACAUGCUGGCGGUUCACCCAUGUAAUAUGAAAGAAUUCAAACUCUAUGUCGGAUUACACCCGGAACACAUGAUCCAGGUGCUACAUACCACUCUCAAGGAUGACUCUGUACCAGAGUCUUUCGCGAUCCUAGGGGCAAACAAGGCAGGCCUCCCGUUUCCCUCACGUUUCGUCAAAAUUCUUCCUCUUUCUGCCCAUGGACAAAGCUUUCAUAUCUCGAUAUGGCAUGUCUCCGUGACCGGUAUUGUUGAACCAUCAUAUGUGGAAUCCGUGCGAGCGCGGUACGAUGAGUACCGCGAAACGGUUGUCGCGCGACAUAUCCUCAAACACCUACGCCAGCGCCGCAUGCUCAUGCCGUACACAUCCAUCCUUGCCCGUACCCGCCUUGAACUUGAACAUCCCCUCGUGACGGCCCUUCACUCGUCGCUCGUGCUCCAGGGCGACUUUCUCUCAGCCGAGUUGGUUCUGUCACAAAUGGCUUCUGCUCAUUUGUUCGACAAGUACCUCUGCUCCUGCCAACCGCACGCGCGCUGGACUCGGCUGCACGGCGCAGAUCCAGACGGAGAUGCACCUGGUGCGCGUGGCGGUCAUGCGAUGGCGCUAGAUGCGUCUCGCGGUGUGAUAUACCUGUUUGGAGGGUGGGACGGCAGGAAGAGUUUAGACGACCUUUGGGCAUACAGUAUUGGCACAGGGAGAUGGGAAAUACUGUGUAGGAGCACGGCCAAGGAGAAAAAUGGACCUGGUCCGAGGUCGUGCCAUAAGAUGGUGUGUGACUCGAAAACGGGAUGUCUAUAUGUGCUGGGUAGGCUCGGUGACGAUGUAGGGAGAAUCUCGUCUUCGCGUUCUCCUUCGGAGGAGGGCCAGAGACAAGCACACACCCGAACAGGAGAUCGCAGUCCGAACGAUCAACAAGGCAUAUCGUUUUGCUCUGAGUUCUAUAGGUAUCAUACGAGGGGGUUGGAUGCUGGCAAGUGGGACUUGCUCUCAUUCGAUACAGAGUCGUCCGGCGGCCCGCAACUCAUAUUUGAUCACCAGAUGGUAAUGGACUCGGAGGCUCAGAUGAUAUACCUUUCAGGAGGGCGAGUGGUCAACGGCGAUUGGGAUUCACCCAAGUACUCGGGGUUUUACAGCUAUAAUGUCAGGACCAGCAAAUGGAAGCCAUUGCAACCCAUAAGCACUUCGGGCCCGCCUUCCUCUAUCCAGCCACCGAUUUCCCAACGCUCUGGACAUUCCAUGGUUUUUGACCCACUCACCCACACGCUUUUCAUUUUUGCUGGACAGAGGGAUGAACGGUAUCUGUCUGAUAUGUGUGCAUAUGAUACGGAGAGCAACACAGUCACAGAGUUGUUUUCCAACUUCACUUCUGUAGGCGGGCCAGAUGCCUGUUUCACGCAGCGGGCGGUGAUCGACCCGACAUUAAAGGAAAUUUACGUGUUCUGCGGCCUCUCUCGUUCUCAACAAACAGAGGCACUUACCGUCCUCAAAGCCGACGCUCCUAACUGGGUAUACCGAUACACACACCCAAACGUUCCGGGAACGUGGACACGGAUUCUACCUGAGCCCCUGUGUAAGGACUUGGAGGGCUCCAAUACGGACACUGAGAGCAUGCUCAAGUGUAGAGAGGGGGAAUGCGACAGCGAAUGGGAUGACGAUGCUCCCCGGCCCAGGUAUGCUCACCAAGUCGUGUAUGACGAGAAGACAAGAAAGGCCUUUUUGCACGGUGGAAACGCAGGAGAGACGAAGGUCGAAGAGAAUGAGCAUGGCAGUAGUUCUGGAGACGGGCAGGGUACCGGGACUGAGCCUCUGGGAGGUCCCAUGGAACUUGAGGGAGCCGCUCCCGGCUCUUCACGGCAUCGACAUGACCUUACCUAUAGGGAUGGGGAGACGGAGGGAGACGAAAAUAGAAAUGAUGAAGAAGACAUCGAGCACCGUUCGUGGACACGAAUGCAAGAGUUGCGGUUAGACGACUUUUGGAGUAUGACAUUAGUCAGGACUGGGCCGGAAGAAAUAGUUCGGCGGGCCGUGUACCAUAUUCGACGGCAACGGUUCCGUGAGAUGUGUGAAGAUGAAACGCCGCUCACCGCUUUACGCUACCUCCGAACGGAGGUCGCAGACACAGUGGACCACUCCAAUUCCGAAGAAGCCGAUAUCUUCCGGUCGCUACUUGCGCACUUGCUGGCCGUGGCACCGCUUGGAAUCUCCACUACCGGGAACGUAUCUACCCUUCGGGACCAGGGGAGUGGCGAUAGUGAAGAACGAGAUCGGGAAAGAAAAAAUUCCAGAUCAGAGGGCGUGCCUCCCACAAAACGCACACGGUCCCAGUCUUCAGAAGAAGAGGAACCUGUAUGGACGAGCAUAAUUGAGGGCGACGAUGGGGGCAGGAUAGGGGGUGAAGUCGAAGCAUGCGGAGAUGGCCCGACCUCCGGUUCCGCUUAUUAUCUAUGGUCAGAGUCGACAUCGCAGUCAAUCGGACCAGCACCAUUGUCAACCGCAACAAUGACGCGUUCAGGUGCACAGAAGCGUUCGCAUGCGGUUCUCUUGUUAGACGAGGACCCGCUUGAAGCAUCGUCGAGUGGGGGUGAUAACGUCCACGACGGUUCAAAGACGAGGGCGAAACCACUUUCAGCAGACCGAUUUCGCCAGCGGACAGAAGUGUUCGAAGGAUUGCUGGAGUUUGUCGAGGCGGAUGCGAAGGAGCCCGAGGGCUCUUUACUGGACUUGGUAGAUUCGGAGGGUGGGCUGUGAGACUUGGUGUUAUUCCCGUGAAUUCGCUGGUUUAACUUUCUUGCAUUUGGCACAAGUCGCUCCGGCGUGUCUCUUCGCACAAAUCGUACGCGCUGAUUGCUUCCACCGGGCUCAGUUCGCACCGAUCACUAGCGUGACGCGGGCUUCACCUUCUAAUACUGCCUGGACGGUCUGUCGAAGAUACAUAUGCUGAAGUAUCUACCUACCACCUUGACUAGAAACGCAUGCUCGUUGUUAUCAAUGUCAUUGUGAUUCACGGAAGUGCUUGCGACACUUGACUCCUUC